GACCUCUGUAGUGUGCAGACGACUCCAGUGGAAAAUGAAACUGUUCGUUUUCAUGUUAGUAUGCUGAGGUUUUUGAUCUGUUUGGCUUUUUCAGGGGAUAACCUGCUAUUAAGUGGGUAAAGAACAUUACUGUGCAAACGAUAGAAGUUUACUUAAGUACGAGAGGAUUACACAAUGGAUUUUAAAACAGAUGAUCUUGAGGCAUUUAAAUGCCUGUUAACCAGCUGGGAUUCAUCUGCUGAACCCAGGCAGUCAGCUGAUAUGAUUUGUGAGAAACUGAAACAAAUCAGCAGUGUGGAUGUGAUCUGUUACCUAGCCGUAGUGAGAGAUGUGAAAUGGGAUAUCAGUCACACCAAAUCUCUCUGUUAUUGCUUGACAGUUGGGUCUGAACAGUGGUUGAAACCAGCAGUGGAUAGGUACAAAGAAAGCAAGGAAUUUCAAAAGCACUAUUGGUCAGUUUUGGGAAAGACACUAUGGUUUUCUGAAAUCCCAGAGCUAUCAGAUGCUGAAUAUUACGAGUAUGACAAGGCAGACUUUAACGAAUGUGCAGAAAAGUCUGCGUGCACCAUGCGAUUCUGUGUGACACUGUUCAAACUACUGAUGGAUCUCCAUGAAGACAGGCUCCUUAAGGAUAUAAUGAAGCAUUUGGGGGCAUACAUAACUGUGUUGAUUAUCACGAACUGUGAGACAGCACCAUGGACUAGCAAUAGUGCCAUUCAAAUGUCAGAAAAGUUGAGAGACCUUCUAAUGAAUUUUUAUGGCUGUGAUUGCAUGGCUGAUUUGCUGAAGCUAUGUCUGGAACUUGAUUCUGCAGCAGACACUGAGCAGGUGCUACCAAAUACCUUACUGCAGCUAACAUUCAAUUAUUUACGGCCAAGGGUAAGAAAGGAAAAGUGGAAACAAAACCCAUCCUAUAUGAAAUGUUUUGUCAAGUGUCUCUGUUACAUCUGGCUGCCUGACCUUGGGGAAUACCUAGACAGUGUGUUACCUGUGUCCUUGACCUUAGUAGAUGAUCACAUGACCCAGAACAAAGUCUUAGGCCUAAAGUGUCUCUCACAUAUUAUCAGGAACACUUCUCGGACUGAGUUACAGUGGCAGUGCCGUGCAGAUGUCAUUUAUGAAGCAGUUAAACUCCAGCUGUAUUCAAAGGAAGUAGUUCUCCUGGAACUUGCUAUCCCCGGCAUGUUGUCCAUAUUGGAGGUUGUGGAACCCUAUUAUAAGCCUGUAGAACCACUUGAGUUGACACCGCGUAAAUAUGAUCAGAUAUUUAGUAUGCUUUUAUUCAGUGCUGAAAUGGAGUCCCUUAUCGCAGUUCGGCGGACUUACACUCAACAUUUAGGCGCCUUCAUUGCACGGAUGAGUGUGGCAGCUGUAAAACACAGCAGACGAUUUUUACGACUCGUCACUGCUUACCUGGAAACAUAUGACGGACCCGAGGAAACAUCUCGAUUAAACACGCUGGAAAUGUUGAAUACUUUCAUCACCCAGGCUUGGCCACGGAUUCCACACCGUGUACCUGCAAUUGUUAAAACUUUGCUCCGCCUCAUGUACGAUGUGUCCUUGGACUCGAGUCUUACACCUGUCAGUGUUAAACAAGAGUUGAUGAAGAAAGCCAGGUGUAGUCUGGAGCUUCUACAAUGUGUAGCUCCCACCCAGCUGAAUAACUGUCUGAAUCAGAUGUUAGAAAUAGAGACCACACCCCAAUGUGUUACCAUAAUGAAAGAAUUGUUGGCUCCAGUUAGCUGAAUAAAUUCAAAUUUGAGAAUUUCAAACAGUGCUAAUAAAUUCUUGUCAA